AUCAUUAUAGGAAUUUAUAACAAAUAAGAAAAUCGCACAAAAAGUGAAAUUUACCAACAACAAAAAAAAUCCUUAAUAAUCUUUGUGGUGAAUCUGUGAGAUUUUAGGAACAAAGAAUAAGAAGUAAUAAAAAAAAGUUGCUAUAUUUUGUGAUAAAGACCCAAAGAAAAGCACAGAAAAGAGUGAUUAUUAAAUGCUACGACGACUAACAAGGGGGAAGAGAGAUACAAGUUAACGCACAGUGAGGAAGAAAUUAACAAUCAAACACCGAGGGUUAGUUGCUCACGAGAAGAACAAGAACAAGUGGAGAAAAAAACGAGACAAGGCAAAAACAUCGGAAGGAUGGAAUCCCACACAAAUAAUUCCUUGCUCCUUGCGCAGUAUCAGGAGCAUCUACAGCGGCAGGAAUACCUGCGGAGGCAGCAAUUAAAAUAUCAAGAGCAUCAGUAUCAUCAUCGAUUCUACGAUCCGGAAGAGCAUCUCACAUACGAAGUUAGACAAUAUUCAAAUGUUAAUAAUAACAUUGGCUGGAAGUACUACGACAACUUUUAUCCACACCUCGAUGCACCAGUCAUAAUGCAACGCCAAGAAGUUAUAAUAGAGCAGAGCCAAUUAGUGCGAGAUGGUGAAAUUCAGGCACCAACUGCCACGCGAAUUAAUGGCAAUUUCAUGUACAGAUCUCAUCACUACACCCAGAUUGUGGCUGCCUUGGCGAUCUCACUGGGUCCAUUGGCAGCUGGCUUGGGCAAAGGUUACGCCAGUCCUGCCAUCGAUAGUCUACAGGAAUUACAAAUCAAACCCCGAGGGAAUUAUACAGCAUUCUCAGUGAGCGAUCAACAAGCCAGUUGGGUGGCCAGCCUAACACUCCUAGGUGCCCUGUUUGGUGGAUUAUUUGGCGGUCUGGCGAUGCAGUACGGCCGCAAGAGGAUUCUAGCAUUUAUGUCUCUACCCUUUUCGCUAUCGUGGAUAAUCACAGUGUUUGCCAAGUCAGUGGAAACGAUGUUUAUGACAGCCUUCUUUGGGGGCUUCUGCUGCUCAAUCAUCUCUAUGGUGACUCAAGUAUACAUAAGUGAGAUCUCUUCACCCGAUAUCCGUGGAUUCUUGAGUGCCAUUCAGAAAAUUGCCGGUCACUUGGGGUUCCUGAUAUCCUUCUCCCUUGGCGCAUAUCUCGACUGGCGACAACUGGCUAUGCUCGUGUCAGUGGCUCCAAUUAUGCUUUUUCUAACUGUGAUUUAUGUACCAGAAACUCCGAGCUAUUUAGUACUGAAGGGACGUGACGAGGAUGCCUAUCGAUCUCUUCUGUGGCUUCGAGGUCCAAAUAGAAAUGUAGAAUUGGAAUUGGAAACUAUCAGGUCAAAUAUACGAGCAGUGAAGACGAACAUUGCAAUCCUGCCCAAGAUCUCCACCGCAAAUCUAUUGUCGAGUGCAUCAAUGAGAAUCAUCUUGGCCAAUAUAAAAUCAGCUCUCAAGAAUGCACGCCUCAUAAAACCUGUCUCAAUAACCUGCGGCCUUAUGAUUUUUCAACGAUUUACAGGUGCCAAUUCAUUCGGUUUCUAUGCAGUGAGAAUCUUCAGGAAGACAUUUGCGGGAAUGAAUCCACAUGGUGGUGCCGUUUCCGUGGGGUUUGUCCAAUUGCUGGCAUCAAUGUUGUCCGGCUUAUUAAUUGACAGGGUGGGCAGAAUUCCGCUAUUAAUUACAAGCAGUGUCUUCAUGUCACUCGCACUCGCCAGCUUUGGAUCCUACGUAUACUACGAGGAGACGAAUAAAUUAAUUGCUACGAAUAAUUUUGAAGUCGACACUGCAUAUAACAACGAUUGGAUCCCUCUUCUGUGUGUUCUAGUUUUCACAAUCGCAUUUCAACUUGGAAUUUCACCAAUAUCUUCCCUCCUUGUUGGUGAACUAUUUCCAUUGGAAUUUCGUGGUAUUGGAAGCUCAAUUGCCACGAGUUUCGGCUACUUUUGUGCUUUCCUCGGUGUGAAGACCUUUGUAGAUUUCCAGGAAAUUUUCGGUCUACAUGGUGCAUUUUGGCUGUACGCGUGCAUUUCCUGCAUCGGCCUUUGUUUCAUUGUCACAUUCGUUCCAGAGACUAAGGGGAAGGACCUCGAUGAGAUGAACCCAAAGUUGGUUCAUACGUUAACUAUAAAUCGAUGAGAUUUGGGUACCCACGUAGAAUAUUUAGUAUAGCGCGUAGUAAUGCAAAUUUAGGCUUUAUCGUGAGAAAAAUAUUCUGACAAGCUUUGCAAAAGGAUUUCUAAAAAUUAGACUCUCAGAAAUAUUUAGCUUUCAAACUCUAGAACUUAAGCGAAAAGAAAAAAGUCUUCUUUCCAUUUUUUGCUCAAUCUACAAACGUAACAUCGAGUGUUAACUGCUGCAGUAUGCUAUUUGGUAUUUUUUAUGUUUGUUAAGCUUCCGAUUUCUUAGCUCUACUAAAGGCUCAGCUAAAGGAGUCUAUUCACUUUUAUUUGAUUUAUGAAUUUAUAUUUAAAAUUUUUAGCCAACAAAAUCAUGAAACAUAAUAAGGAAAACUUUGCGUUUUCUUUAAGACUAAUAAGUGUUGCAAAGAACUAGGGCCUAAUUGAACUUAGAAGACCUACAAUGUGGGCGUGGUUUGUGUGUUUUUGAACCGAUCUUUUAAGCAUUUUUUUCUCAGAUGGCUUUUCUUAAAUAGUUUUAUUAGACUCUCUAUAAAAUUUUCUUUAGUCUGGUUUAGACGUAUGAGUUCAUGAAAUGAAUAAAAGUGAAUAAACUCCUUUAGAAUAUUCAAAAUAAAAUUUAUAACCUCUUCCAAAAAAAUUGUAGAUCAAAAUGCUAAUUUUUCUUGCAACGAUUCUUAAGAAGAAAAGUGUUCUUUCCUCUCUUUUAUUUUUCAAUUUAGAGAAGAAAAAAAAUCGUCGUAGAAAUUGUAGAUUUAGGAAGCUUUUGAGGAAAAAACAAAAAUCGUGAAAUUAGGCAUCUAAAAUGAGAUUUAAUAAAAAAUAGACUUUUUUAGAGAGAGAGAAACACGCUUAUGUCGAGUUCAAUUAUUUUAUAAUGAAAAUAAAGUAAAUUAAAAGAUUAAAUAAAAGUGGAAAAAUUAUGAUCAUGAAAGGAGAAAAAAAAUGCAGAAGCGACCCAUGAGAAUUUGUACAAGUUUUAGAUUACAGAUUUUGCCAAGUGAUUUAUCGUCAAAAUACCAUGCAUAUAAAAACUAAUAAUAAAAGUGUUGUAAAUGCAAAAAAAAAGUAUUGAAAUAAAUGAAAAAAAAAAUAUUGAAACUAAUAGCUUUAGAUGUUGAGGAAACUUAAGAGAGAGAAAUGGAAAUGUACUUAUAACAGAACCAUAAAAUAUGUGGGAGUAUUUGACAAGAAAAGUGUAAGAAAUGAGCACAUUAAUUUUAAAAAUGAACAAUAAAAAUAUUAAAGAAAAAAACUUACAUUAUGAAAAUAUAAAGGGACAAUAUUCACUUAAAAAAUGAAAAUGAAAAAUUCUAUUUGCUGUUGAAAUUUAUGACAAUAAUACUUUAAUAAAAAAAAACGAAUAAACGAUUUAUUAUACGUAGAAUGGAGAUCGAAAGGAAAUGAAGAUGAAUAAAAAUAUAUUUAUAAAAUGCAAAUUGAUAAAAAAUGUGACUAUUUUUACAAAAUAAAAUAAAAUAUUAUUUUGUAAAAAGAAGGAGCUCCCUUCUUCUUAUAUCCGUGAUCCUGGAAAAACAAUUAAAAGAAUUUUAUUUUUAAAUAUUAGACAAAUAAACAGAAUAUAUUUUCAAACUUUUACCCUUCUAACUACAUAAUCAAAGUGCCAAAUAUUUUUUUUGGUUUUUCUUUAAGAAAACUUCUGCAAAAUUAUACAACCUAAAUUUUAUUUCGAAAGAGUAGAAGACAGAAGAAAAAAACUGAAGAAAUAUCCUCAUUGCAAUGCAAUGUUUUGACCACAGAAAAUCAUAAAAUUAAGGACAAAAAAGGUAAAAGAAAAACUCAUUUAGAGAGAAAAUAGAAUGAUGCCCUAAAGAAAAUUCUUUACCACAAAAAAAUUCUUAAAUUACAAAUUAAGAAAUAAAACAAAAAAAAGUCGCAUAAUCGAACAGUCUAAUGGAAAUUGGACAAUUUAUGACUUAUAUCAUGUUACUACAAAACUAUAGAGUGUUCUUUUUAAAAAACAAAAUAUAUAAAUAUUAAUGAAAUAAUUUUAGUAAUUAUAAAAAAAGGAGAAAUAAACUGCAGAGUAAACAAAAAAUAGAAAUGUGUUAAGCCGCGCAGGCGCAGCAUGAUAUACUCGUAUAACAAACGAUCUGUUACUUAAAAAAAUAAUAUAUUAUAAAAAAAAUGAAAAGAUAAAAGAGGAAUAUUUGAAGGAAGAAAAAUUGUAAAAGGAAAAAAAGUCCUUAAUUGACUCAACUAAUGAAUAUAUGAGACAAUAAUUUUAAAAGAAAAUUUUAUUAAAUAGUAGAUUAAAAAAAAAGUUUUGCAGCUCUUUUCACCAAAAUUGAGGAAUUCAAAAAAAAACGUCUUGAUAAAGAAAUUAAAAAAAUGUACUUAAUGCAGAAAAUACUUAUCAAUUGAUAAAUUAAAACACAUCAUAUUACGAAUUUUAAUCUAUAUUUACUUUAAAUGUUUUUUAUAUUAGAGAAGAAUUAGUUAUAUUUUGUGUCUUAAUCUUAUUUUUUAGAUCGAGUUUUCGUAAGAAAAAAAAAUAUUCUUAAAAUCCUAAAUAUCAAAAGUCCUAUUUAUUGGUCAAAAAUCAAAUUAUUUCUAUUUGAAUUAAAGAAAAGAAGUAAAAAUCAAUUAAAAUGUAAUUUAUUGAUGAAAUGCGAAACUCUUCCAAUAUCCUGUGCCUUUUAUACGUUGUGUAUGUUGAGGGUUAAAAACUAAACAAGAUGUGUGAGUUAUCAAAAUUUGCAGGACAUGAAAAGGGCAUCGCAUUAAUUUUUUUUA